UUUAUUCAAUAACCAUGUACAUAGCGAUGUCUGUACACUUCGGCUCGAGUUGCCAACUUGUCAAUAUCGAGCCUAAAUGCAGUGAAUGUUAAAUGGGAAUAAGAAGGAUAACGACUAAUUUCAAUACAGACAUGCACAUGCAGCCAACGAAGCGGUUUAGAGUUGCCAAAAUGGAUAACGUUGUACAUGCUGCAAGUGUUGGUAUUAGUGAUAUUGUACCAUCAAUCUUCGAUGAUGUUGAACUCCAUAACUCCCCCACGUCAAUGACAAGUGAGGAUAUCUGGAAGAAGUUUGACUUGCCAACACCACCUCUAUCGCCUCAGCAUGAGGGUGAGGAUGAUUGGGAUCUUGAAAACAUCACGAUGCCAUUUGACAUAGACACUGAAGAUCUUCUUUUGUUUGAUGAUGAAAAAACAAAUGAACUUCUGAAGGAUGUGGCAAGUGUGUUUCCUGAAUCGCCUCCAGGUGUUGCGCCUGACAUAGAGACUUUUUUGCAGUCUAACUUGAUUCAGGAUAUAAUGUGGUCUGCUCCAGCCAAGGCAGAUGACAGCACAAGUGCAAAGGUGCCAUGUUCAGAGAACCAGCGCAGUCGUUGCGAUUCAUGCUCGAACCCUAUGAGUACGGCCUGUGUGGCUCCUGAUGAGAUCCUGAUGGAAACAAACCUUGGUGGCACAUUGUCACAGACUAAAGUGCACAGCCUUGGCAUUGAGACACCUUCAGAUUCCGAGGAGGAAAUUGAUGUGGUGACAGUAGCAGAGAAAUUUGUAUCCGUCCCCACUACCAAGAGAAAAUACAGAUCCGAUGAUGAGUACAGCAGUAGUGGUGCAGAAAAUCGCAAACCAAGAACUGUCACAUUGACCAUCGAGCAUAAAGCUUCAAGCUCACACAACAUUUCUAAAUGUGCUGCAGUGAGACAGAAAGUAGACUGUCCAACAGACGUUCACAACUACAGUUUACCACUCAGUUCUUUAAAACGUGUGCAUUCUUACCCUAGUUCACCAGUGACUCACAAGAGCAAGAAGUUGAGAAGAGACAUAAGUAUACCUUCAGAAUUGAGGAAAGUUGCUCAGAAAUUAAAAUCGUGCAGUAGUAGAAGCUCAAGUGAUUCAGAGGAUUUAUGUGAUGUUGGGAAACGGACUCAGCAUAAUGUGCUAGAAAGAAAAAGGAGAACAGACUUGAAAAACAGUUUCUUUCACCUCAGAGACUCUGUGCCCGACCUUGAGGGCCAGGAAAGAGCUCCUAAAGUCGUGAUUCUCAGGAAAGCUUCUCAGUAUAUCAAUAGACUCAUUGAAGAGCAGAGGCAAAAAGACAGAGAAAUUGAGCAGCUCAAGUUGAGAAAAGAAAAGUUAAAAAGGCAUCUAUCCAGAUUGAGGGAUUAUUAACUUGCUGUUUAUAACUUUUCAUGUGCAAAUAUUAGCUUGACACAAUUGACUACCACUUUCUUGUGCGAGGUGUGACUGCUGAUAGUGGAUUAAUUCCCUUGCAUUAAAUGAUGUAACAUCAUGCACCUUUUCUAUGUCAAUUCAAGUACCUUCAAGAAAAUGACAACUGAAACACCAUUUGAGUUUAAAGAUCUAUAAAUGAUAAUAUUAUUUGGUAUAGGGCUAUUAUGAUACUACUAAAAGCUGUGUUCAGUUAUUGUGUUCAUCAUGUAUAAUUAUGCGUUUUUAUAAAUCUUCCCAUCAUUAUGAUGUAAUGUCAUCUUUUUUUGUAUGAACUUUUAAUGUAAAUUUUAUAGAAUGGCAUUGAAUGGUAACAUAAGUGUUCAAAUGUUAAAAUAGUCCUUGUACAUAGAGCAGAGUGCUAUCACAAUCUUUACAACUGCAGUAUAAGAGUAAGUGUUAUGUUGUUAAUGUUCGACUGUGUUCAGGGUUAAGAGUGAUAAUUGUUCAUAAUUGUUUUUGUAUACUGUGUUCUGUUUGAUUGUUUAACUUUAUUAAGUUCUAUUUCUACAAGGGUUUUAUAUUUUUGACUCUCUUGAUACACACAACUUUUAUUAUCCAUUACAUUUAUUUUGAAUGUUGAUGGGAUUAUUAAUGACAUUACCUGGUUAAAUUUGACUGGUCGUGUAUCACAUUUUGUUGAUUUGCAGUUUUUUCUUGAAACUGCAGGACAUUUUUUCAAGAACCUUUACUUUUGCUUCAUAUCCAAUUUUAAGCCUGUUCUGGUUUUUAUACAUUUCACAUGAGCAUCAUUUGAUUUAAGGUCCUCGUUUUCCUUUAAAUAUUAAGUUACAUGGUUGAACUUCCAUCUGACUGUAACAGUAGCAGAAACAUUUGAAAAAGAUCAUGUAAAAUAGUUUGUAAAUAUUGAUACAUGUUUCCUUUGAGUGAACUGAUGAACAAUGAGGCCAUGGAUUAAACCAGCAAAUGUGUAUUUGAAUGACUGACAUUUUGAUUUUUGCAGCAACAAAUAGAAGCAUUUAUUACAUAUGUGUGUUGCUUGAUUGAUUUGAGAUGCUUCUUGUAUUAUCCUGUGUAUAAAGGUUGGGUUGAAGUUCUGUUAGUUAACCAAGUAGUUUGCUUUCCUGAUAAUUUUUAUGGUUUUACAUUUUCCUGCAAGGAGCAGCGUUUUAAAAAGCUAAAACUUCAAAGCCAGUGCAAGAUUUGUUAAUUGAAAAAAUUAGAUGUGAUUUAUCAUUUUUUGUGUUCAUUUAAAACCAAGAAUGUUCUAUUUUGCUUCAUUUAUUUAUAUGCAAAUCAUAUUUCUCAUCCAUGAAUUUUAUAAAUGACUUGCAUUGGUUUUCAAGUUGAUAUAUAUUUUUGUUAAUGUGUUUGUUUUAAGAAAUUUUCGAUGUGAAAUUUAAGUAAUUUACUAUAAAAACACGAUAAAAUGAGACAGAAAAAAUAAAGCAAUUACUCCGA